AUGCAGGUGAAUCGCGCGCUGGUGGACAAGGAGUUCGACCGCUACGUGUUGGCAAUCGAUGGGGUCUCCAGGCGGUCUGCUGCGCUGCCCGUGGCGGCGCUAACGCCGCUGGACGCGGGCCAGAGCAUGCGCAAGGCGCAGUGGGAGUCGCGCGUGCACCACAACGCCCUGGCGGCGGAUCCGUUCCUGGGCAAGAGCUUCGGGGCGGGCGUCGCGUACUUCGUGGAUGCGGAGUAUCAACUUGUGCAGGUGGUGGACCGCAGGGCGGACGGGGUAAAGCUCGAGAAGGUCUACAGCUUCCCCAUGCUCACGGGGAGACAGGAGAACUUGUCGGUGCAGGUGGCGGGCAAGGGGCUGCUGGUCUAUUGCGACGGCCACGGGACGCUGCACUUCUUGAAGGCCGAGAGUGACCAGGAAGCAGCCAAGUGGGCUGUGGUCUACGAGUGCGCGCCGUGGGGCGUCGUGCCGCUGCUACUUUUGGGGGCGUUCUACGACGAGCAGGACCAGCAUAUUCACGCGGUGGUGGCGGAACCGCUCGCGGGCAAUGAGGCGGAUGGAGCGUUCCGAAUCGACAGUGGAUCUGUUGGGCUGGAGCACACUGUGGCGGGGAUUGCCGUCGUGUCGGAGCUGCCGACCUACGUCUCGUUCAGCGGACCGGAGGUGGUGUUGCUUGUGGAGGGGACGCCUCAGUUACUGAUGGAGUUGAUGGCGAAGAAAAAGUCGUCGCCUCACAAGCGACCUCAUGGUGAAGAUGACUUGGAUGACGACGAAAUGGCCGUGCUGCUGUCGAAGCUCCCGCGAGCUGGCAUCGGUUUCCACGGAGAGAUCACGAAGCCGAAAGAGCCUAGUGAGCUGGCGUCGCUCGACUUUAACACGCCGUUGAGCGAGCGCUUCCACAAGUCUAGCACGCCAUUCAGCUCUGUCGAUGAGCCUCUUCAUGGAGCACCCGACAUCGCCACUCGCUACCGCAAGGAGAGCAUUGGCGCCCACCAAGACCGACCACUCGAGGUUCCCACCGCAGAGUCCAUUCUCAGUGGCUAUGAAGAGUGCGACAGUGGAGAUCCGAACGCCAAGGCGGCACUGCUGCUGGUGAACUUUGAGCAGAAGGUGGUGCAGGAGCAGGUGGACAUCGACUGCACGAACUUCCAGUUCCUGGCCCCAAGCGCUCGUGUGAACGGCUGCAGCGACUUCAAGUCCUCUCUUCUCUUCCGAAAUGAUGUCCACGGCCUCAUUUUCGAGCUCAACGUUGAAUUGGCCCGGCUGACGCUGAAGCACGCAACCACGCUGCCAGCGUUUGGCUUCGUGCAGGCGUCCAAGCAGGAGAAGAAGUUCAUGUCGUUCCAUCCGUCCGGCUCGUUCGCCUGCAUCGGCGAGUUCGAGCGGCGCGUGUUCGUGUACCAGGGCAAUGGGUCCGACGAAGAGCGCAAUGCUCACACGCGCAAGCAGCACGUGGUGGAACUGGGCGACCAGCAGCUCCUUGGGCUGCGGAUCGUCAACGACGACACCAUCCUCGUGCUGACGCCGACCCAGGUCUACUCGCUCGGUCUGCCUGCACAGUGCUGA